UUUUUACUCACCUUUUUACACUGAAACAACUACUGAGCUCUGUUUUUUAAAAGACACGCUUUAACCAUGGCGCAGAUUCAGAAAUAAGCGUUUUGGUGUAAAUAGAUGUUUAAACUUUGUUUUGUUGUGUGUCGCGCGCGCCAAGAGCAACCCAUUCAUCCAGAAAACGUGCUCCAGUCUAGUGGCGCGCGACGUGUUUGAUUGUGUUUGGGUAUAGAACAUUUUGUGUGACUGGGCCAUCCUGUCAGCCUGCUGCUUCCCAUUUCCUGCCAGGAAAGGGAUCGACAGGAGAAUAAAGAAGUGUAAAGCUUUCCAGGUCCCUGAUGCUCGAGCUUGGUGUAAUCUCACGGAACAGCGAGCAGCCCACGAAGAUUUUCAAAAUAAUCCUGAAGAUUUGCGUUUCGUAAGGCGAACUAAGUAUGAUGAAAAUGAUUCCGGUCACGGAAUUCCGUCAGUUCUCAGAACAGCAGCCGGCGUUCCGAGUCCUAAAGCCAUGGUGGGAUGUCUUCGCCGAAUAUCUCUCUGUGGUCAUGCUCAUGAUUGGCGUGUUUGGCUGCACGCUGCAGGUAAUGCAGGACAAAAUCAUAUGUCUUCCUCAAAGGGUGUCUGCCCCAAACCAAACGGUGCCUUCACUGAAUCAGACGGAGCUCACAAGGGAUCCAACCAAUUCCUCUCUUCCCCCUGUCUCCCCAGUGCCUGUAUCCUAUGAGAUGAAGGGACUCAAAACCAAUUUGGAUCUGCAGCAGUACAGCUUUGUAAAUCAACUGUGCUAUGAAAAAGCUCUGCAUUGGUAUGCCAAGUAUUUUCCUUACCUGGUGCUCAUACAUACCCUUGUAUUCAUGGCGUGCAGUAAUUUCUGGUUCAAAUUCCCUGGCUCAAGCUCAAAAAUUGAGCACUUCAUCUCCAUAUUGGGCAAAUGUUUUGAUUCUCCAUGGACUACGAGGGCUUUGUCUGAGGUGUCAGGAGAGAGUCCGGAGGAGAAAGACCACAAAAAGAACAGUGCAAGUAGAUCAAACCUUAAUACUUCCACUGGGGAGGGUAAUCUGGAGAAGACCCAAUCGCUGAGAUCUAUUCCUGAAAGGAUCGUAGUGGACAAACCAACAGCGAGUGCACUUGACAAGAAGGAAGGAGAGCAAGCCAAAGCGCUGUUUGAGAAGGUAAAAAAGUUCCGACUUCACGUGGAGGAAGGGGAUUUGUUGUAUCUCAUGUAUGUUCGACAGACUGUAAUUAAAGUGAUCAAGUUUGUUCUUAUAGUAGCCUACAACAGUGUUCUGGUGUCGAAGGUUAGAAUUACAGUUCAGUGUGAAGCAGACGUAGAGAAUAUGACGGGCUACAAAAAAUUUUUGUGCAAUCACACCAUGGCCCAUCUCUUCUCCAAGCUCUGCUACUGCUAUUUGUGUUUUGUAAUUGUCUAUGGAUUAACAUGCCUUUAUACAUCAUACUGGCUUUUCUACCGUUCUCUGAAAGAGUACUCUUUUGAAUACGUGCGGCAGGAGACUGGAAUUGACGACAUCCCGGAUGUGAAAAAUGAUUUUGCUUUUAUGUUGCACAUGAUUGACCAAUAUGAUCCACUGUAUUCCAAGAGGUUUGCAGUGUUUCUGUCUGAGGUGAGUGAAAACAAGCUAAAACAACUCAAUCUGAACCAUGAGUGGACAGUAGAAAAACUUCGCCAAAAGCUACAGACCAAUGCCAGUGACCGACUGGAGCUUCAGCUCUUCAUGCUCUCAGGGCUUCCAGAUACAGUCUUCGAGGUCAUUGAGCUGCAAUCCUUGAAAUUGGAGAUUAUAAAUAAUGUCACAAUCCCUGCAGCCAUUUCCCAGCUAGAAGAUCUUCAGGAGCUUUCUCUGCACCAGUGCACACUCAAAAUCCACACAGGGGCCCUCUCUUUCCUGAAAGAAAACCUUAAAGUUCUGCGUGUGAAGUUUGAUGACAACCGUGAGCUUCCUCUGUGGCUCUACAGUCUUCGGAACUUAGAGGAACUCCAUCUAAUCGGAUCUCUGAGUCCAGAUGCAUCAAAGAACAUAACCCUGGACUCUUUACGUGACCUCAAGUCCCUUAAGACCUUGACACUCAAAAGCAACCUUACGAAGAUCCCCCAGUCAGUUGUGGAUGUGUCCAGCCACCUGCAGCGUCUGUAUGUGCACAAUGACGGCACCAAGCUGGUCAUGCUGAACAACCUCAAGAAAAUGGUGCAUCUUAUAGAGCUUGAGCUGGUUCAUUGUGACCUUGAACGCAUUCCGCAUGCUAUCUUCAGUCUGACCCACCUGCAGGAGCUGGACCUUAAGGAGAACAGCUUGCGCUCUGUUGAGGAGAUCAUCAGUUUCCAGCACCUCCGGAAACUCACGUGCCUAAAGCUGUGGCACAAUGCAAUCACUCACAUCCCUGAGCAUAUCAAGAAGCUGAGCAGUUUGGAGCGCCUCUAUUUUAGCCACAACAAGAUUGAGAUUUUGCCCUCGCACCUGUUUCUGUGCAACAAGCUACGCCAUCUUGACCUUUCCCACAAUGACAUCAGCUUCAUUCCUCCAGAAGUAGGUGUUCUGCAGAGCCUUCAGUACUUCUCCCUCUCUAGCAACAAAAUCGAGAACCUCCCAGAUGAACUGUUCUUCUGCAAGAAGCUGAAGACCCUCAAGCUCGGGAGGAACAUGCUUUCUGUGCUCUCACCAAAGAUUUCCUACCUGGCUUCACUGACUUAUUUGGAGUUAAAGGGCAAUCAUUUUGAAGUUUUGCCAGCUGAGCUUGGCUGCUGUCAAGCCUUGAAGCGCAGUGGCCUUGUGGUAGAAGACACCCUCUUUGACACUCUGCCUUCAGAAGUCAGGGAUAAUAUGAAAGCAGAGUGAUGUUUCUUAGCCUUGGUAAAAUUCCUCAAAUGUUAAAAGGCAGCAUUACGAAUUCUUUUUAACUGAACUUGUAUCCCACUCCCACACAUAUUUUGACUUUACGGGUGAGUAGAUGCUUUUAAAUGCUUAGAUAUUUGAAAGCAAAUGUUAUCUUAUUAACAAAAGCAAGUCUCUUUGGAGUAGAAUUUAGUGUUGUAUUGUACCUCAAAGUUGAUGUAGUUGUUUCAAUGUUUUAAGACAAUGUUACAUUAGAUCAUUCAUUUAUAUAAGCACCUUAUUAUGUGUAAUUCUCUACCAUAUCAAAGAAUAGAGAUAAGCCUCAGUGUUAAUGUGUAUUCGAAGACAGUCAUUGCAUUGCAUGUGUUAUAUUACUAAUAAUGUUGAGGAUAUCAUUAUCUAUGUCAAGGUUUUACAAAACAAGUACUGAACCAUGCUAGGCUGCCAAAGUGCAGUAUUUUACCUUUGUAAAGACCAAAUGACCUUUGCAGCCUCUUUAAGGUUGCUAACAGUGAUAGAUGGAGAAGGGCUUUUCAUGUGUAGUGGUUAUAUGCCAUACAAUUUUGGACAUUUAGGCCAGAUCUGUCACAACUCUUUUGUUUGAAGCCGAUCAUGUUAAAUGACUCAUUGUCCCAGUUUUUACACUAAACCAAGUUCAGUGAGUGAGUGGCUCCUGUAAUAGAAACAGACUGGAAUACCAGGCUACUACAGAGGUUCUACCAUGCACAGUUUAUCUGUGGCAUUUAUGAUAUUUCUCCUUUUGUUACAGCAAAACUAUGAUUUUUUUUUUUUGCUUUUUCACAUAAACAUCAGUCAGACCAAACAUAAAUUUCACCGUGCAGAAAAGUUAAUUCGCUGAAGGGGAAAGGACGUGAAAAUCAUUGUUUCUGGUAGCGGGGAACUUUUUCGCUGACUUUAUCCAUGAGAACAAUGAUUUGUAAAUUCACAAGCCUUGGUCUUGUGAGCCAAUAGUAACCUAGUGGGUGGUACCAUAGUCUCUCUGGUCAGCAAAUAAAAUGGAGGAGCUGUUUAGUUUUUA